AUGGCCUCGCUCGCUGCCGUCUGCGAUGCACCGCUGGUCGCUCUGAUCUGCGCGUUCCAAGCCGGCUGGCCCAAAGCUCUUGUCGAGUACCACCGCGCGAUCUAUGCUCCGUCGCUCUCACAGCUCAGCGUGCUCGACCACGCCGCCUCGACCGGCGCCACAAAGGUACUCGCCGCUGCCUACAAGUACCCAAGGGUCUACUGCGUGAGCGCUGCUGCCAUGGACGCAGCGGCCUCGAACGGACACUACGAUACGGUGCAGUGGCUCCACCACCACGGCGCUCCAUGCUCGGUGUGGGCCAUGAACGGUGCCGCCAAGCGCGGUCACUUGCAAAUCGUUUGCUUUCUGCACGCACAUCGCAGCGAAGGCUGCACCGAGUACGCGUUGCACCACGCGCUUUUGUCGAGCCACACGACAACCGCUGCGUUCCUCCUGGCGCACCGCGCCGAAGGCUGCUGCUCGUACACGCUCGUGCGGGCCGCGCAGCUCGGGUGCGUCUCCUCCAUGCGCUCUCAUCAUGGACGCAACGUACAUAGGCGCUUGGACCUUGUCGAAUUCCUCUUUUGCCAUGGGUUGCAAGGCCGCAGCGGCGCCCAGGCCAUGGACAUUGCUGCCACCUGGGGCCAUCUCGCGAUUGUACAGUACUUACAUGCCCACAGCGAGAGCAAUUGUACGACGCAAGCCCUCGACGGGGCGGCCAUGCACGGCCACGCCGAUGUGGUGGCCUUUCUGGUGCACCACCGGCGCGAAGGCUACUCGGGUCUGGGCCUCGAGCGCGCGCGCCACCGCGGGUUUGACGCGAUCGUCGCCACGCUUCUGGCGCAUCCGCAUCUGCUGCGCUACUAG